AUUCUCGCGAGAAUGCGCGAGGUUGCUAGUUAACUGUUGCCAUGGGUGCGGCCGCGAAAAGGCCGCAGGGUGCCGGACCCCAGGUUUGAGGCAUGCCGCAGGCCGGAGUGUAGUGGCGCGAUCUUGGCUCACUGGAGCCUCGACCUCCUGGGCUCAAGCCGUCCUCCUGCCUAAGCCUCCUGAGUAGGAGGGUCCACAGAAGCGCGCCACCACGCCCGGCUAGUUUAAUUUUUUUUUUUUUUUUUUUUUUUUGGUAAAGACGGGAAUCUCCCUAUGUUUCCAGGCUGGUCUCGAACUCCACGGCAUAAGUGAUCCGCCCGCCUGCGCCUACCAGAGUGCUGGGAUCACAGGCCUGAGCCCACGCCCAGCCCCUUAUGGGAAUUUCAUUUCAGACUGACCAGACUUCAAGAGUGUCACUCUUAGGUCAUCUCGUCUUAAGGAUGAGAAUACACAGGUCCCCAGGGGAAAAAGCAGUGACAAACAGACGACGUGCUGAGCUGCCAGCUUAGUGGAAGCUCUGCUCUGGGUGGAGAGCAGCCUCGCUUUGGUGACACACAGUGCUGGGACCCUCCAGGAGCCCCGGGAUUGAAGGAUGGUGGUGGCCGUCCUGCUGGGGCUGAGCUGGCUCUGCUCUCCCCUGGGAGCUCUGGUCCUGGACUUCAACCACAUCAGGAGCUCUGCUGACCUGCAUGGGGCCCGGAAGGGCUCACAGUGCCUGUCUGACACGGACUGCAAUACCAGAAAGUUCUGCCUCCAGCCCCGCGAUGAGAAGCCAUUCUGUGCUACAUGUCGUGGGUUGCGGAGGAGGUGCCAGCGAGAUGCCAUGUGCUGCCCUGGGACACUCUGUGUGAACGAUGUUUGUACUACGAUGGAAGAUGCAACCCCAAUAUUAGAAAGGCAGCUUGAUGAGCAAGAUGGCACACAUGCAGAAGGAACAACUGGGCACCCAGUCCAGGAAAACCAACCCAAAAGGAAGCCAAGUAUUAAGAAAUCACAAGGCAGGAAGGGACAAGAGGGAGAAAGUUGUCUGAGAACUUUUGACUGUGGCCCUGGACUUUGCUGUGCUCGUCAUUUUUGGACGAAAAUUUGUAAGCCAGUCCUUUUGGAGGGACAGGUCUGCUCCAGAAGAGGGCAUAAAGACACUGCUCAAGCUCCAGAAAUCUUCCAGCGUUGCGACUGUGGCCCUGGACUACUGUGUCGAAGCCAAUUGACCAGCAAUCGGCAGCAUGCUCGAUUAAGAGUAUGCCAAAAAAUAGAAAAGCUAUAAAUAUUUCAAAAUAAAGAAUCAUCCACAUUGCA